GUAAGCUCCGCCCGAUCAGUUGAAAUAACAUUGGUAAUAGCAUAUUUGUUUAUUUACCAACGUUGACGUGUACUUCCGAGGAGAGAUUGUGAAAAUGGAGACGACCAUUUAUCACAACUGAAAGUUAAGACAAAAGUGUUGUCCAGAAUUUCCCAGAAUGAACGAGGAAGAAGAAGAAGUGGAAAGAAAAUGGAGAGAAAUGACUUCUGGAGGGAGUUUUGACUGUAGCGGAGCUCAAGUGAGGAAAAUUAAAAGACAUCCAUCAAAAGUGUUUGAUCGAUUGGAAAAUUUGGACAAUGCUUUGAGGAGUUGGGUUUUAGUUGCAGAGGAAUCCGUUGAAAAGAUGACAAAAAUAUCAAUGGAACUGGAUCAUUAUCAUAAAAUAGCUCGAGGUGCUGGUAAUGGCGGAUCGAAAGCCUUUAUUUUGGGAGCAGGGUUGGCAGGUGUUGGGUUACUUUUAGCACCAUUUUCAUUCGGAGCAUCUCUGAUACCUACAGGUGGCCUGCUUGCUGCAGGUGGUAAAAUUACAGCCAAGGCUUCAAAGAAAAUGUAUGAUGUUAUGACACGACGUGCAUACGAUGAAACGAACAAACUGUUAAAGAAAUGUCAAUCAAAUAUGGAUACUUUAAUGAAAGAGUGCAUAUCUAUUGGAAACUUGCUUGAUGGUUUCUGGGAAAUAGAAACGGCAUUUUUACAAUGGGUAGCGUUUUGGGGUAGGAUUUGUCUAAAACACAGACCAUUUCACACUACGUCAAAGUGGAGCUCCAUCGUUCAAUUUGCAGAAAGAGAGAAGUAUCAAACAUCUCUUUCCAUACACCACGUAAAUGAGGAACAAUUACGUGACUACAGUAUAAUGGCAGUAGAUAUUCGUUCAUGUGCUGAGGAUUUAAAACAGUUACUUCCAACAGACACGGAGAUAGAGACAAUGGUUAAAAUGACAAGAAAUUCUUUGAAGGAAAGGUUAUCUUGAAAUAAUAUGUAAUAAGUAGUAUGUAUGCUGUAUUAUGUCUCCGUAUCAUUACCUUUUCUUUUCAAAUAAACCAUAAUGCAUUCA